AUGCAGCAACAGCAGCAGCAGAAACAGCAGCACCAAAAAAAGCAGCAGCAACAGCAAAAGCAACAGCACCAGCACCAACACCAGCAACAACAACAACAGCAGCAGCAACAACAACAACAACAGCAGCAGCAGCAGCAGCAGCAGCAGCAGCAGCAAGUAGAAUUUACCAGGACAGGCACUGACAGCAACAACAGGGACUAA